AUGCUCAUUUCCAAUUCACUCUCCUCAACUUCAUCGGAUUCUUCGAUCGCCUCUCCAUUUUCUUGCCAAGUCUGUGGAAAACUCGGAGCUGGGAAACAUCUUGGAGCAUACACAUGCCGCGCGUGUGCCACGUUUUUUAGAAGAUACAGUGGCACAAAGAAAUUGAAGCCUUGUAAGAAGAAGAAUGAUUGCGAUUUUAUGAGAAAUGGGUACUUUAACUGCAAGAAGUGCAGACUACAGCGUUGUUUCGAUAUUGGAAUGAAAAGUGAGUUCGAGAAAUCAAUCGAUCUUAUUGAUAGUGCUAAAAUGUUUAUUUCGGCAGAUACGAACCCAGUUCUACCAGUUGUAAAGUUCACCGCGACUAGGUCUCCAAGUCCGUUGCUCAUCAUCCCCCCGACGAUGGAUACAUUCCUCGGUAGAUCAAACUUGAUAAUAUUUUGUGCCCCAAAAGAAAAUAGCGACAUGAACUACAAACAGUUUAUAGAUGUACGAUUUCUCGUUGACAGUGCUGUGAACGUGUUGACAUCAGGCCUAGAAACUCCAGUUUUUGCAUCAAAUUCUUUAGAAAAACUUGCUUUGGGACUUGGAAAUAUUCAUAACUCCCCUGCGAAAUUUCAAACAAAAUUUAUUGAGAAAAUAGGAAAAGAAGAGUUUUUGGCAUUAUGGCAGGAUGACAUGCUGAAAAUUGCCAAAUGGCUGACUUACUUUGAUGAGUUCCAACAGCUGCCGCUGCAGUUGAAGAUUCAAAUCUUAAAAGGAAUCUGGAGAGUUUGGAGUCGAUUGGAUAGGCUGGUAACUACUAUGAUUGGAAGGAAACGAGAUAUUUGUCAAGACAAUAUGUUGAUGUUAGAUCUAGAGGACAAUCCAGUUGUUUUUAAUCUGAAAGAAGUAAAGAUUGAUUUGUCAUGGCAGUCGAGAUAUAAUGUGGAAGAGCUGAGAUUAUUUGGCUACAGUUAUCUCGACGAGAAGACAGAAGACUUAAUCCAAGAAAUGAUAAAUCUUGAACUCACUGACGUGGAACUCUCCUUCAUGAUGUGUCAAUUAUGCUUUUACUAUGUCGGUAAAAGGUUUCAAGGAGUAAUUCUAGACGUUGUCGAACGUCUUCAGGAGAUUCUCUCUAAUGAUCUACAUGAAUACUACACAAAUAACUCGAGAUCCCAAAAAUAUUCCGUAAGGAUAACAAGUAUGAUGAGGAUAAAUAAUGAGAUUCAGAAAGGAAUAUACGAGCGUCGAGCGAAAGCAGACUUGAUGAGAAUUUUCGAUGUGUUUUAUGUGGAAUAUUCAGAUACAGAGAUGUUUGUGGAUGCAUGA